AUGCGUAGGGAAUUUAAUGGCUUGCAAGCUUUGAUUUUGAAUGAUUUUCGAUAUGCAUAUUAUGUUCACUGUUUUGCUCAUCGUCUUCAGUUAGCAUUGGUUGUAGCAGCUAGAGAAGUGGUUGAAGUGCAUCAAUUCUUUAAAGACUUGUCUGAUACUGUUAAUAUUGCUUUGGCUUCUUCCAAAUGGUACGAUGAAUUACAAAAACCCCAAGCAAUUGAAAUAACUCAUUUGGUAUCCAUAAAUGAGUUAGCAACUGGAAUAGGAAUGAAUCAGAUUGGCACUUUACAACGUCCUGGUGAGACUCGAUGGAGUUCCUAUUUAAAUUCAGUUACUAGUUUACUGAAGAUGUACAAUGCUACUAGCACGGUUCUUGAAAAUCUAAAAAAUACGGCUUUUAACUAUUAUCAGCGAGGAGAUGCUUAUAACGCAUAUAAUAGAUUUAGAUAUUUUGAGUUUACUUUUAUUUUGCAUAUGAUGAAAGAAGUUUUAGGGGUUACUGAUAAUCUUUGUCAAGCUUUGCAACGUCGUCCUCAAGAUAUAUUAAAUGCCAAGAGUUUAGUUUUGACAAUGAAAGAUUUAAUUCAAAAGUUGAGAGAUGAUGGAUGGAAUGAAUUGUUGAAAAAUGUGAUAUCUUUUUGUGAAACUUGGGAGUUUGAUUUUCCAGAUAUGAAUGCUCAAUACAUUGUGGGUCGUAGUCGCAACAAUAAGGAAGCUGUUACAGUGGAGCAUCAUUAUCGAGUGGAUAUAUUUUUUUCUACAAUAGAUACUCAGUUGCAAGAAUUGAAGAGCAUGUUUAACGAACAUGUUGUUGAGCUUCUCACUCUUACCACAGCUUUAGAUCUCAAGGAGUUUUUCAAGUUAUUUGAUAUUGAUAAAAUUUGCAUUCUUGUAAACAAGUUCUAUCUAGAAGAUUUUUCUUAA